AUGUUCAAAAACAAAGGUAUUGAGGAGGAAGCUCGGGGCUAUCAGAAGGAUCCUGUCAUGAACUUGUGGGCAAGACGCAAGUCGAAAUACGCCAGCACAAGUACAGAGUACGUAAGUUCCAGUUCAAGCCUUGAACUAUAUCCCUGGAAAGAGGAGUGGAAAAAUAUUUGGUUGAAGAAAAAGUUGGAAGCACUGAACUCAUCAGUACCUUCUGGAGAUACAGUGAACAUGGUUGCAGCACGUCCAUGGGGAGUGCCAUGCGGGGACCCCAAUCAACAUGACAUGCCAUGGGGAACGUGCAUGUUGCCGAUGGAGUGCGAAGCAGAGUACCGUAUAUACAGGGGAGACCUAUCCUGCGGCCGCACGCAAUUCGUUUGCUGCGCGUUACAGCUCACCAAUUACGACAUGUACCAGGGCUUUGACUUAUCCUUCGAUCAGACUUCAAUGGAAACGGAUACAGAAGAGAAGAAGUGGAGGGAUUUGAGCUCUAGAGAGCAAAGAGACAAAAAGAGGCGAAAGGAGAAACGUAAGCGAAAGCGCGACCGACUCAAGAGAAAACGGAAGAUCAAGAAAAACAUCAGGAAAAUUAUAAGAGAAAUGAAAAAAAUUUUAAAUAGAUCGUACAGAAAUGGAACUACGAAGAGGAAGAGAAAGACAAAGCAGUUGAAGAGGUUCAUUAAGGAGCUAAAGAAGCAAUACAGGAAAGAUCGGCAAGCCGUGAAGGAUAUUCAUGAAAUGGAGAUGAUAAAAGUGGAUGCUGGGCUAAUGAAGAAAUUAAAUCAAAUAAGAUUACUCAACAGGAACUUUGUGCGGAACACUACCUUCAGGGAUAUCAUUGUGAAUGGUACCAUGAAUAAGAAACAAGCAAGGAUGUUGAUGGAUGCAUACCCUGAGCUAGAGGAGUAUUUCUUAAAAAGGCGUUCGGGGGGUGGUCGUUCGCCUGACGGAUUGGAUUACGACAUCGAGUAUGGAUAUUUAUACUAU